UGGACUUAUGAUAACAACAAGAAUUACAUGUGUGUUACUGCUCACUUUGUUGGAGGUGAUUGGAAGUUGCAGAAAAAGGUGAUAGCCUUUGUUCCCAUCACAAGUCAUACUGGAGUUGAUAUUGUAGAGAAGCUUGCAGAAGUUCUUGAAGAGUGGAAGGUGAAGAAUCUGUUCUGCAUGACCAUGGACAAUGCAACUUCAAAUGAUGUUGUCAGUGAGUGCAUGAUAACGAAGCUAAAGGAGUGGGGGUGUGAUUUGAUCGAUGGGAGGUUUCUACAGUGUCGAUGUGUUGCACACAUCAUUAAUAUGGUGGUACUAGAUGGACUGAAAGUGGUUGGUGGUGCUGUGGACAGAGUUCGGAAUUGUGUGAAGUGGGUGAGGUCUUCACCAACUAGGUUGUUACGAUUCAAGAAUGGCAUGGAAUUUCUGCAUGUGGAGUCAACCAAACUGGUGUCUUUGGAUGUACCGACCAGGUGGAACUCCAGUUAUACCAUGUUAGAGUCAGCAGAAAGUUUUGAGACAGUGUUUACAACUUUGUAUUCAAGUCCACACGAUCAUUCUCUUAGAGAUUAUCUGGACUCAAGAGGUGGGCUUCCAACUAAUCAAGAUUGGCAGAUGAUUAGGAAGUUGAGAGACUAUCUGAAAGUCUUCAAUGACUUGACCCUUCUAGUCUCUGGAACUAAAUAUGUGACUAUGCAUAUCUUCUUCAAGAAGCUUGUUACGGUAUAUGACAUCAUUGAGAAAUUGAAGAAUGAUCCGCUUGAAGAGAUCCAAAAGAUGACUGAGAAGGUUGAGGAAAAGGUACAAAAGUAUUGGUUUGAAUCAUGUGUUGUGAACGAGAAGAACAUGAAGGUGAACCACUUAAUUUAUAUAGCAUGUGUGCUUGAUCCAAGAAGUAAACUUGAUUUGGUGUCCGAGGUUUUGGCAAUGAUGUAUGGGAAUGUGAAGGGAGGAGAAAUGGUUGACUGCAGUAGGAAGGAAAUGCGACAGCUAUUUGAGGUUUACAAAGGGAAGUAUGGAUCAAAAGCACCCUCCUAUGCAUCUGAGCCUACCACUGGUGAGAGCACGGUUGUUGGUGAUAGGAUUAAGCAGCUAGAGGAGAGGAUUAGAAAGAGGAAGAGGGAAGCACUUCUGCAGGAUACAGGAGGUAGCUCUGCUGAGCUUGACAUCUAUUUAAGAUGUCAAACUGAUGGCAUCAAUGAGGAGAGUGAUGAUGCAAAGUUUGACAUCUUGAGUUGGUGGUCUCGACCCUCUGGAACAUAUCCGAUUCUUGUUGAGAUGGCUAAAGAUAUCCUUGUUGUUCCCAUCUCUUCUGUUGCCUCAGAGGCAACCUUCAGCUGUGGCAGUCGGAUUCUCAGUCCAUUCAGGUCUUCUUUGAGUGAUAUCAUGUUGGAGGCAUUGAUUUGUGCAGAGGAUUGGAUAAAGUAUCAAGAUGUCGGGGCCGGAGAUAAUGACGAUAGGGAAGAAGAUGAAGAGAUCAUGGAUUUGGAAAGCGUUAAUACCACUUUCCAGUCUAGAAUGGAAAGUGCAAGAAGUCAUGUUGGCAAUGUUGCCAAUGCAGAUGCAAGUCAGAACAUUCCAGAUGGGAAUGAGCAGGAGGGUGAAGAAAAUGUGUCGGGGGAAGAGUAUGAGAAAGAUGGAUAUGAGGAUGUUGGUCAUCACCUCUUGUUGCAACUGAAAGAAAAGGGUUAUGUAGAUGUUGGUUCUUCUUCGGUUAUUAAGUGAUGAAUAGGUGGUGACUUGUAAUUUGUGACUUUAUGAAGUUUGUGACUUUAUGUUCUAGUAUUUGAGACAUUAAUUUGGUGAUUUAAAUCUAUUUUGUAUGCAAAAAUGAUUGAAACUUGACUUGUGGAGUGAUUUAGAUGUAGAAAUGUAAGGCUGAACGUUUAAUUUUAGGCAAUUUGUAUCGAUCUUGUCUGCACAAGGGUUAUGUCUGGUUCGGUUACCAGUUCGGUUAGUCGUUUACAACCGGUUGCCAGUGUAUGUCGCGGUUACUUCGGUUAACCGAACAACUAACCGGUAACCGAUCAGUCGGUUGCCGGCUAACCAAAGGUUACCUUCGGUGUGGUUGGCGGUAGUCACGUCUAGUGCCUCGGUUAAACGGAACCGACAUUUCGGUUAUCACCGAUAACCGAACUAACCGAAAUGCCAGCCCUAAUAUAUUCUAUUAAAUGCGUUAUAAAUUUUCAUUUAUGUACUAUUAUAAAGUUGUCGCCUUAUUUUCUUUUUGUUUAAUAGUUCAAGUAUUAAACACGUAUAACACAUUUACUACACGUAUUUUAAGGAAUUAGACUGAUUAUUUGCUAAUUUACAUUUAUAUUUAUUUGUAAAUUCUAAAUUUUCAACUUUGGCCAUUAUGUUAGUUUAUAGGAAUGUAUAAAAUUUCUUACAUAUUAAUACCGCAACACACCAAUAACAUUUUCUAUUAACAAAGUGCCAAAUUUAUCAUAAUUCAUUAAUAAAAUUAUAGCAGUCAUAUAUAUAUGGUUCAGACUGGUGUACUCAUGGAGUAUACAAUACUCCAGCUACUCAUAGUGAGAUAUCUUUAUCUAGACUUUGAAUUAAAUCAAAGGUUUAGGUAUGAUACUAUACCCUACCUCUAAUGGAUAUACCUGAGGCCCCGAUUCUCUAAACUAAAACCUGAAGUUCAAUUUAGUAGAAAAUAUUAAUUGGUCAUUGAGAUUGGUCGGAGCUCAAAAAUGGAGACCUAACGGUUAUAUUAUAUGGAGUAUGGUAUACUCCUGAAGUAUACCAGCCAUUACCAUAUAUAUACAUGGUGGCUUCUAUCGUACCUUAGGUAAAAUCUAGGGCACAACAUAACUUGACAAAAUCAACUUGAGUAGGUGAUGACAUUAAUUGUCGGCUUCACAUCUUCACUACGUGUUAUCAUCAAUGCCUUGGUCUCCACGGAACUAGACCCUCCAUGUACACUCUUGAUUGUGGCUUGAGAUUCCUGCACCUUCUCCUACGUUUCUAGAUAGUUGAUCGACGAUUUCUCUGCUUCCAGAUUCGCCCGCUCCUCCUCAUAGGUUUGUUGUAAUUGCCUCCUAUCUUCGGCAACCCCUUCCAACAAUAAUAGCUUCAGGGCAAGUUUCUUUUCUUGAUGCCUUAAGAUGAUGUUGUUUGUGUUGCUACUUCAUCGUGCUUCUCGAUCAUUGUGCCAUGGACUAAGCACCACAUGAGUAAGCUUUAUAAGCACGGCAUCACAUUGAAUUUGAUACACAUAGGAUUCGAUUUUGAUCUCCAAAGACACUUGUUCAGUAAAAUAAACCCAGGCCUUUUCCAUCGACAAUUGCAUAAAGAACGGGUAGGAUGUCGUUGUGUAGUUAGCCCUAACUUAGGGGGUCGUUUGGUUUUGUUCUGUUGGGAUAGUUACAAUACAUGCAUUGUUCACAAUGCAUCGUUAUUUUGAAUUUUCUGCACAAACAAUGCAUGCAUUGUUUGCUUGAGGUGACACAAACUAUCACUCAAAUUGAGUGAUAGUUAAAUCUCAAGUUUUUUGUGAGAUUGUUUGGUUGAGAUUGUUGUGUGUUUUUUCUUCCAAUUUUGUCCCUGCCUUUUUAUGUGUCUUCCUUUUUUAUAUUACAAACAAAGGGUAAAAGUGACAUUUCAUCCAAAAAGUAAUAUAACAUAUUUAAAUAACACAAUAACUAUCACAUAAACCAAACGAUCCAAACUACAAUACACUGAUUUUCUAAUA